GGUUCCCAGCCCGCUGCCCCUGGUCUGCUCCUCUCCCGGGGGCUGAUCACCACUGAGAAAGCCAAAGAGAAGGCUUCGGGUCCCUCUGCUUGUUGUUUCAUCGAGGAUUUACUUUUUUUUUUUUAAAUUUUCUCUACAUCUUGUAAAAACUUCUUAUUUUUCAAGAAGCAAACGGAGAACUUAACUGUGGGAAAAAAGUAACAAGGAAGCAGAGCUGGGGUGCGCAGCGCGGCGGCGCGGGGCGCUUUCUCCCGCGCCGGCCGCGAGGCGGCUAUUGUCCUGGUGAACUGCACGGCCCGCAGGAGGCACUGGUCACCGAUCAGACGGGAGUUGGGCCAUUGUGGGCCCUUUUCUUCCGAGGCUGGGGGAGACUGCUCAUUUUCUCCGAAGUCGCAGAAGCAGCGUUGGCAUGUGUGCGUGAGAUCAAAGCCCUCUGCGGAGAGGCCGGGAGGGUCGCGGCGCAGGGCGAUGGACCCGCGUGCGGGCUUCCGAGGGAACCCAGGCGCGCCGGGGGCCACUCCGGCUCAGAGGCGUCGGCGCGCGAGCCAGCUCCGCCUCGGCGCCCCGGGGUCCGGCGAGAUGAGGACGCGCGAGCGCCCGCAGCCGCGCGCGCCCCCCGGGGCCCGGCACCUGUACCUGGAGGCCGUGCUGGAGGGCGGCGCCCCCUGGGGCUUCACCCUGAAGGGCGGCCUGGAGCGCGGGGAGCCGCUGAUCAUCUCCAAGAUCGAAGAAGGGGGCAAAGCUGACUUGGUGAGCUCCAAACUACAAGCUGGGGACGAGGUUGUUCACAUCAACGAGGUGGCAUUGAGCAGCUCCCGGAGGGAGGCCGUCUCCCUGGUGAAAGGAUCCUACAAGACGCUCAGGCUGGUUGUGCGCAGGCUCUGCACACUGCCGACUGCCGUGGACAUGGUGCUGAGCAAGGGCGGCUGCCUGGCUCUGAUGUUUCCCAGGUUUGGGACCCAGAACCCAAGAAGACGGCGGAGUUCAGACGUGUGUGCGGGCCCGGGCCAUGCGAGUCCUGGAGACCCCGGCGCAGAGCACCUCACCCCGGGCCCCCAGCUCAGGAAAGCAUCGUGGUCAGGAGGAGUGAGACUUCGGCUGAAGCACAGGCGCAGUGAACCCACGGGCCGCCCUCAUUCAUGGCACACAGCCAGACUUGAGGAGCACCAGUCAGAAGGCAGCAUGAUGCGGAUAUCGCAGGGCACAGUGGGCGCCCCCUGGCAUCAAAGCUACCAUUCCAGCUCCUCCACAAGUGACUUCUCCACUUACGACCAUGCAUAUCUGAGGCGGAGUCCUGACCGGUGCAGCUCCCAGGGGAGCAUGGAGAGCCUGGAGCCCAGCGGGGGCUACCCGCCUUGCCGACUUCUCUCCCCUGCCAAGUCCACCAGCAGCAUCGACCAGCUCAGCCACCUCCAUAACAAGAGGGACUCCGCAUAUAGCUCCUUCUCCACCAGUUCUAGCAUCCUAGAAUACCCACCCCCUGGCAUCUCUGGCCGAGAGCGCUCAGGCUCCAUGGACACUCUCACUGUCCGAGGUGGCCUCCUGGAAGGGAUGAAGCAAGCAGAUAUUCGCUAUGUCAAGACAGUCUAUGAUCCCCGGAGGGGCGUCUCAGCUGAGUAUGAGGUGAACUCUUCCGCUGUGCUUCUCCAGGGUAGGGAGUCCCAAGUAUCAGCAGAUGGCCAGGGCUAUGAUAAGUGGCAGAACACCCCUCAGGGCAUGGGAGCACCGUCCUCGUCCUGGAGCCAGCAGUGUCCCAGUUCCUUGGAGUCAGCCACCGACAACCUGCCUCACAGAAUGGGUGCGCCCCUGCCCCCAGCUCGGAGUGACAGUUAUGCAGCCUUUCGGCAUCGAGAGCGGCCCAGCUCCUGGUCGAGCCUUGAUCAGAAACGGCUCGGCCGGCCUCCAGCACACUCUUCAGGCUCCCUGAAGGCUCCCCUCAUGGAAGAGCAGCUGCACACUGUACUGGAGAGGAGCCCGGAAAACAGCCCACCAGUGAGGCCCAAGCAUAACUACACCCAGAAGGCUCAGCCUGGCCAACCUCUGCUGCCCACUGGCAUCUACCCUGUACCUUCCCUGGAGCCACACUUUGCCCAGGCGCCCCAGGUUUCUCUGAACAGUAAUGGAACGCUUUAUCCCGCACUGGCCAAGGAGAGUGGGUACACCGCCCCACAGGAAGCCUGCAGCAGGACAGCUGCCUUUGAUGAGAAUGGGAACCAGAGCGGGGCCAGCAGGCCUGGGUUUGCCUUCUACCAGCCUCUGGAACGUGACUCACUGUCCGCAGUGGAGAGGAGGCCAGAAACUGCAGCCAAGUACGUCCCCUACAAAGUCCAUUUUUCUUCAGUGCCUGAAAAUGAGGAGGAUUCCUCCCUGAACAACCACCUCACACCUCCCCAAGGCAACAGCCCACAUCCCAGUGAGAGGAACAGCGCUCCUAGCAACAAACCGUGUUCUAAUUCACACAGCCUCAAACCCUCUCAGGCCCCGGCCUGGAGAGUGGGUGAAGACCAGAAGCCUUGCAGGCCUCUGGAGCUCUGGGACCGUGACUUCCAGGAAGACCACAACGCCAACUUCUGGCAAAAGCUGGAGCGAGAAGGCAACUUCGGCAGGACCAGGUCAGCAUUCUCAUCGCUCCAGAACAUUCCGGAGAGCUUCAGAAGGCAGAGCAGUCUGGAGCUGGGAGGGGGAGCCCCGGUGGGUUCUUCCAGCGGCAGGCCCACCUGUGCGGUCAGCACCAAGGCAGAAGGCCCCGAGAGGAAAGCUGACCACAGGGGCCACUCGGACAGGCCAGUGUCCUACCCUCGGACGGACGAGAGAGCCAGUGUGGCGACCUGUGUGUGUGAAGAGCCUCCCAGCGCGGCGCAUCAGCGGACUUCCGGCCCGGCCCCGAGGAGGCUCAGUUCUGGCGGCGCCCCGGCCCCACAGCCCCCUCCCAGUGGGCAGUCCCGCUGCCCCGUGCUGGAGAGGGUUUCCAGGGUCGAGCGGCGGGAGCAGGGCGGCCACAAACCCCCGAGUGCCGGCGGCUCUGCUUUCAGCUACCACUAUGUGCUCAGCAGAGCGGCCCCUCCGGGAGGUGCUACUGGCGGGGACCUCCGGGAGGCCGAGGCCAAGCCUGGGGUCCACUUCCCCGAGCCCCGCGGUGACGGCGACGACGGCAGGGCGCCUGAGCAGGAGGCGGCGGGGCGGCAGCCGCGUGGGCGACCAGACCCCCAGGCUCCCCGGACCCCGGGUGAGCUGCUCGGUGCAGCUGCAGCGCGUGGGGGGCCGACGAGCACCCCAAAUGCGGACCGCACCCUGGGAGGGCCACCCUUCCGCGGAGCCGCUGCCGCAAAGUCUGCAUCAGCCGAGGACCUGCUGGAGCGCUCAGAAGUCCAGGCGGUUCCUGUCCACGCAAGGUCCAGGUCCUCGCCCACCACAGACAAGAGACGACAGGGUGCGCUGCUGGGGGAAGACACUGGCUUUGGUUUUGUGAGGGACCCGUGUUACUUGGCUGGCCCUGGACCCAGGUCACCCAGUUGUUCAGAAAGAGGUCGAGAAGAGAUGCCAUUGCUCACCCACCAUCCUGCCCCUCAUUGGAGCGGCUCAGGCUGCAAAGCACGCUGUGGUUCCUCAGUUCCUAAUGACUGUGCUGGGGCCCUGGACCAUCAGAGGCAAACCAGUAGAGCGCCGGGCCCCAGGCCACUGCUGCCCGGAGCACAGGGGCAGUUCCCAGAGGCCAGGGCUGCGCCUCUGACCCCACUCAGCUCCCCUCUGCCUUCACCUGUGCCCUCCUACUGUGCACAGCUUACCUCGGAUCAGCAGACCGGAAGGGACGAUCAGGCAGGGCUACAGCUUCUGCCCCCCUGCACUCAUGCAGGGACGCAGAGAAGCAAUGGGCACUCCCCGGCCCCGCUGCCCAGCCCAGGCAGCUGUGAGUCCAGCAGCCCAGAGCAUGAGUGGGGAGCGGGAACGUGGAAGAGGGCCUCACUGCCUCAGCGGCCGCCGCCUCCUCCAGUAAAGUGGGCCCGUGUGACGCCAGAGGACGGCCUUCCUGCAGAAGCCUCGCCGCCCGAGUUUGCAGACCCAAAGCACUGCAGAAAGCAUCUGAGCCUUCCCAGUUCCUGCAGCACUUUCGACCCCGAUGCUCUGGGGAGGGUCUCCCUGCGCAUAUCGGAGUCAGGCCUGCAGACCGCCCCUGUGCCUCAGGAGUACGAGGAAGAAGUGUUCGUGAAGGACUUGCACCCUAAGGCCACCUCCAGCCCCACAUUUGAUGCUGUUCCUCCACCCCCACCUCCACUGAACCAGGAAGCCCCAGUGGACAGCUCAGAUGAUUUUCCUCUGCCUCCUCCCCAGGCUGAGUGUGAGGCGCCGCUGGCCACUGAGGCUCUGGAGGGCCCUGGCCACAGCAUUUCCGGCCAGUUUUCCAGGAUGACCAUUGCAAGGGAAAAGCCUGCGCCUGCUGCAGCCCAUCAGAUAGGCAGCCAGCCACUGCCUCCCAGACCCCAGACUUCUGUCAGAUGUCCGGAGCCCAGCGAGUCCAUUGCACCCCCCUUCAGGAGUGCUCAGCCCCCUCUGGCAGGGUCUCCUGGCCAGCAGCUGAGCCUAGGGCCACCCACUCCCAGUCAGCCCCAAAGCCUCAGCCACGAGCCGCCCAGGGGAGCUCAGAAACUCAGCUCUGACCCUCAGAAGACCUCAGAAGACAUCAGAACAGAGGCUCUGGCCAAGGAAAUUGUGCACCAGGACAAAUCUCUGGCGGACAUAUUGGAUCCAGACUCCAGAAUGAAGACAACUAUGGACCUGAUGGAAGGCUUGUUUCCCCAAAAUACUGACUUGCAGAAGGAAGAUGGCACCAAGAGGAAGGCCAUGCAGAGGACUGUCAGCCAUCCAGCGGGUGACGGCAAGAGGAGCGAAGACAGGGAAGCGGUGGGCGUGUUGGUCAGCUGCCCCGCCUACUACAGCGUGUCCGCUGCCAAGGCCGAGCUCCUGAACAAGAUCAAAGAGAUGCCCGAGGAGGCGAGCGAGGAGGAGGAGCAGGCAGACGUCAAUGAGAAAAAGGCUGAGCUCAUAGAGAGCCUCACUCACAAGCUUGAGACCCUCCAGGAGGCAAAGGGGAGUCUGCUCAUGGACAUCAAGCUUAACAAUGCCCUGGGAGAGGAGGUGGAGGCACUGAUCAGUGAGCUCUGCAAGCCCAACGAGUUCGACAAGUACAAGAUGUUCAUAGGCGAUCUGGACAAGGUGGUGAACCUGCUGCUGUCCCUCUCGGGGCGCCUGGCCCGCGUGGAGAACGUCCUCAGUGGCCUCGGUGAAGAUGCCAGUGAUGAAGAAAGGAGCUCACUGAAUGAGAAGAGGAGGGUUCUGGCUGGACAGCACGAGGAUGCCCGCGAACUGAAGGAGAAUCUGGAUCGGAGGGAGCGGGUGGUGCUCGACAUCCUGGCCAAUUACCUCUCUGAAGAGCAACUCCAGGAUUACCAGCAUUUCGUGAAAAUGAAAUCAACACUCCUCAUCGAGCAGCGAAAGCUAGAUGACAAGAUCAAGCUGGGCCAGGAGCAGGUCAAGUGUCUGCUGGAGAGCCUUCCCGCUGACUUCACUCCCAAGGUCGGGGCGCUCACCAUGCCCCCCGACACCCCGAACCAGACGACGCCUCUUGGCAGAUGUACUUUCAGUGGUGUGUUUUCAACAAUAACCUCUCCACUUUAACCUCUUCUAAAAAUACCCAACCAAAAGAUCACCACUUCUCUGAACACUAUUUAAUCUGAAAAAAUAUUUCACUACAAACCACCAUUCAAACCAUGUGGGUUAUGGGGUUUUCCUGGAUAACAGGAAAAACAGUACUAUUCAGGAAGAAGCCUGCUUCUCCUUCCUGCCCUUCAUGAUUGACCUGUGAGCUUGAAUGCUGCUGGAAACUCACCCCUUUCUAUACUCUUCAGUAGAAAAAGCAUUAAUGACACUGUGAGAACAGAUUGGAGUUUAGAUUUUAGCGGGCGGAGGCGAUGUGGGUCAGUGUGUGUCACCCUCAGGAAUGUAUCCACAGUGGCCUUCCGUGCUGGUGGGCAGUGUAUCCUGACAGUAGGAUACAAGUACCAUUAAUGAAGAGUCUGAACCUAAAGCCUUAAAAAGACAACACACUGAGAAGAGAAUUGUGAAACCUUGAACAUUGUUGUUAUUUAUAUUUCUAAAAAUGAAAACGAUCAUUGUUUGUGUGCUAACCUCUUACUUGAUUCUGUUUUAUGGUGGAUGUAGACUAUUAUGUUUGAGCUUUGUAUUUUGUGAAAACCUUAAUGAAGAAUUCCAAAGACAGUCACACUGAGUGUGGAGAUUUGGUUUUUCUUACACUCAAGCACAAGCAGAUGUUCUAUUCCAGAGUUAAGCUGAGGAUGGGGGCCCCCUCUCCUCUCCUGUCCUCUCCCUCCCCUCCCCUCUCUUCUCCUGUCCUGUUGUCUGGUUUCUCCUCUUGCCCCAGGAGGCCUUGCCAUAGCUCCUCAUGUUUUACUGCUUGAGCACAGCUCUCACACCAGGAGGAAGUCCAGAAUCCAGGCCAGCUUAAAACUCAAUGUGUGCUGCCAUCCCAUGUAUGAUUUGAAUUAAAUUCAAGCUACUGAGUGAUAUAUAUAGUCAGGCUGCUUUAAUAAAGUGUUUUUUAAAAAUUAA